AAUAACAUGUUAAGAAUAUGCGCUGUAACUCUUCGAGGGUAGAAAUUGCCAGAUCUCUGGAAAUCGCCAGUUGUACUUUUUUCUCUAUAUUUUCUUUUAUAUUAUUCUUUGUACAUCUAUGCAAACGGUGAUUUGCUCUUGUAUAGUAAAUAUCAACCCUACAUUUUACACAUGCUUUAAUUUUAUAAAAAAUAGACUUAAGAUAUUUCAUUUGAUUGAAAUAUCAAGCUAAAUGUUUUUCAUAAUUUUGCAAUUUAUCUCUCAUCAUCAUUAUCGUAUGCUUUUCUUUAUUUUAUGUGAAAAGGAAAGUUUCUUUUUAUUUUCAUUCUAGUCCAAUUCUGAUGAAAACUGUUGCUUCCAGGUAACUUACUUAGUUCUCUACACUGUAUUUAAUUCUGUGCUGUCUUGAACUUACCGAAGUGAUUCUAAAGCCAUUUCAUGUGAUAAAUGGGUCUACAAAAAGCUUCAUUUUUUUAGGUAACUUACCUGCUAUCAUUUAGCUUUAUCUGUGACUACUUAGUGUAGGUACAACAUGUUUGAAAUUGGAACAUUCAUAUUGUUACUAAAUAAGAAUGUCCCAUCAAUAGUGAGUAAAAUCAUACAAUGGAUACAUAGGUCUGCAGUACUUUAUGCAAUGUUCAUGAGGAAAUUGGAGAAUGUCUCGUAAAAAUGUGUAUCCAUAGAACUUUAAGAUUCAUUACCACCUAUACAUAAAGAGGCUGGACAAAAGGCAUAAAUGGGAAUUCAAGAAAAAUGAGCACUUCACAGAGGAAAAUGGAGAGAACUCCCUUAUGGCUGACUCAAGGAGAAAAGCAGAUGUAAAAGUGAUAAUGGACCUGUAAUAUCUUUACCUCAAAUUUAUAUGUAUGUUAUCCUUUAAUUAUAAUCAUUUCAACUGUUCAAGUCUAAUGAUGAAAGCCUUGUUCAUUUGUGCAUAAUCUUACCAUUUCACACGUACUAGAAGGUUUAGUUGUGUUGCAUGGACUGAACAGACUACUUCUCCGAACUGUAUGGUAUAUUCCCCAAUGUAUUCUACAUAGCAGAAGUUACUAUGUCAACCUCAAGCUUUGUUGAUCUCAUGAGAACUGGAAAAUUAGAUAUUUGUCAUUUGGAGAUGCUUUGCCAGCUGCAGAAGCAGUUUUCCAGCAGUCAAUAGUUAUACUACUAUUAGUGGAUUGCUUAUGUAAAGACAACCAUACUGAAGGGGGCCAGAGCACUCUGUGCAGCCAUGCCUAUAGUUGGACCAGGACUGCAAUGCCAAAUGGUCUUAUGACCAUAAUCAUGCUAGCAGACUGAUUAGCUGCUAAGGGCCACCAAACUGCAGAAGGAGAGGCCUCCCUACCGACGUUUAUGCUCCUUUUCAAGUUGGUGACUUUCAAAUGCAAUAUCGAUCGAGACAUUCGUUUUCUACUUUGAUGUCUUUGAGGUAGAUUGAGGAGUUCGGCAUAGUCCUCAAGUAUCUCUCCCACAUGCGGUAAACAAGAGGCCUGUUGUUACAACUCGCCCAGUAGCAGAGAAACAGUUCCAGACAACUAGAAUCAACUUUUACAGCCUUCACUAUUGCAGAGUCAAAGCUCUUUCCAUCGCUAGGACCGAACAAUAUGUUUCUUUCCUGUGAUUCAAAUCACCUUUUGAACAUCUAGGCUGUUCCACUUAAUUAGAAUUUUCCCCUUUUUUUUUCCGUAAGGGAAAUAUUGAUAUCAGCUCCUCAUGGUAGUUGUAAAAGUGGGAUUUAUGAUUCCCACUUUGCUUAAAAAUCAACAUUCUAGCUCCAUUGCAGUCCUCCCUGGUUUCAUGAUUGUAUCCAUUAGGAUGUUAUGUUAUUUGCUUCUGCAUAAGUGAUGAGUUCAACCAUACACAACAUUUUUAUUUGUAAUAGCACUGUAUGGAAUUGCAAUUACAGACCCCCUAAUAUAAUCUAGGUCAGAAAGAUGUGUACCUUACAUUCCAGCUUCCUGUCCAUUUGAUCCUUGAGUUCCUUGCUUAUCACAACUCCAUAUUCAGGGCUAAUGUAAAUGGAAGGGUUGUUGUGGAUCAAAUUAAUUUCUUUUAAAAUUACACAAAAUUUUCCAAUAUAAAUCCAGUACUUACACCAAAAUUCCAGCCUUCUAACACCACUGAUGGCAUGAAAAGUGGGGAUAUUACCUCCCUGUAACCCUGGAUCCAUGGGGAACCUGUUCUCAGGCUAUCCAGUCAGCAGAGAACUUUCUUUUAAAUCAGGAAUAAGAUGUCUAGGUUUGUGAAAACAUUGAGUGUGGGCUGACGAAAAAGUAUUGGUUUUGAAAAUUAACGUAUUUUCAAUAACUGAAAUGGACUGGCACCUCACCUAUGUACAGAAUAAAAUUAAGAUUAAUUAGACUAUUUACAAAGUUACAUCUGUGGAUUUUAGUAAUAAAAUCUUUUAUAACAAUCCAAUAUCCACUUGCUCAUCUUGAUAUAUAGGUAUCAGGCAUUAAAUAAAGCAGUGAAUGUUGGUCUUUUUUUGUUAAAUUGGCAUCAAAUAACAUUGGAUUAGGUGGAAAAUCAGUGUAUCAUGUGUCACAAAGCUUUGUUUGUUGAUAUUAACAUAUCAAGUUUGAGUAAAGUGCCUAGCUCUAUCUGAUAUUCUUGACUGUGUUCAUGAUUUAUUAAAAGGUCAAUAGUAUAUAUAAUACCUGUCUUUACUGAAAUGCUGUACUUCUCCUGGAUUAUAGCCUCAUUUUUAUUUGUCAUGAACUAUAACCUCAUGUUGGAUUUUAUUUGAAAGCAGUAAUGGAGCUGUUGAUAAAUUUUCAAUAUUUUAAAUAGUUUUUUUUUUUUUUUUUUUUUUUUUUUUUCUUUUGACAUUUAAUGAUUACACAGGGGUCAUCAGAAUCGGAACCUGAAGAGGCUGCUGCACCUAACAAAAGAGGGCCAAAAACUUCUGCAACAUCUGUGCCUAAGAGUAACGCAGCGGCGGCAAAUAACCAACGCAAGAAUGGCCCCAAGGCAGCUGCGCGUCCCCAGAAGUCUGCAACGCAGAAACCACCAGCUAAAGCCCAGCCACAGAAAGUUUCUACUGUUCAGCAGAAGAAAACGGUCAAAAAUAAAAAGAAUUUAGGUAAUUCAAAUGCAGUUUCCGCAGACAAGAUAUCCAAAAAGAAGUCCAUAUUCUCUCCGGACAACACUACCGACUCGGAAAGUGAAGCCAAGAAGACUGUUGGCAAGAAAGUCCCAAAACCACAACCAAAGCCUCAGCCUAAGCAACAGUCCAAGUCAGCGAUGGUUCAGAAAGGGGGUUUGCAACAGGCCAGAAAAGGCUCUACAAAGGUUGUCGAAAAGUCUUCGGAAAAGUCGUCCGAGUCCUCAACAAAUUCAUCAACAGCUUCUUCAGAGAGUGAUAGUGACAGUUCAUCCGAAUCAUCUGCCUCUGCAAAGUCGUCCUCCGAAAAGCCUGUCGUUCAGCAAAUAGUCCGCAGAAAGUCUCAGACGAAGCCCACCCCAGCAUCUUCUGAAACCGAUAAGGAAGAAGAUGAGGAGGAAGAGGAGGAGGAAGAAGACGAGGAUGAUACCCCUAGGAAACACAUUACCAGGUCGUCUAGUGUUCGUACAAAGAGAGGCUCUCUUUUGGGUAUCCAGAAAGGGACUGAAUCGGAUUCUGAAAAUAAUGGGAAGGUACGUAGAGCUGGAAGAAAUGGGGGUCCAAAGAAGCCAGCUGGUCCACCCUCCAAGUCAGGAGCUCGGGCUAAGACAAAGAAACCAAUUCCUCUGGACAUCUUGGAAAAUACACCGUUGCCGCCUAUAGAAAAUCGCAAGUGCCCUGUUGAAGGUUGUGACUCGACUGGUCAUCUUGGAGGGUUAUAUGAGAAGCAUUUUUCAGUGGAAGCAUGUCCGGUUUUCCAUAAUUUAUCGAAAGACGAAUCCAAGAUCAACCGCAAGCUCAGGGAAGACGACAACAUUGAGAAAAAGGCCAGGCUUCUCAUUGGAAAUAAAUCUCCAAGAAAUGGACCUAAUUCUGAACAAAGAAAUUAUUGCAAUAAGAUAAGAGACUCAAGGGACAAGUUGAGUGAACCUCGGCCUGGGGAAGAUGAGAUGGCUGACAGAGAUCGCCAGCCAUCUCUUCGAGGCUACACCCCAGAGUGGGAUCUUCAGUUGUUCAUUGAAGCUCAGUCAGCUGCUAGUGAAAAAAUUGAAGACGACCUGCGAGGACUACCCGAUACCAAAGGAAUCCGUUACAUUGAAAUGGGCCGUUAUGAAAUGGAAGCCUGGUAUCAGUCUCAGUAUCCUGAUGAUUAUAAUCAGCAACCAAAAAUUUAUAUAUGCGAGUUUUGUUUGAAGUACAUGAGAUCAAAAACGAUACUACAGAGACAUGCAGCAAAGUGUGUAUGGAAGCAUCCUCCUGGAGAUGAAAUAUAUAGAAAAGACAAACUUUCAGUAUGGGAAGUAGAUGGCAAAAAAUACAAAAUUUACUGUCAAAAUUUAUGCCUUCUUGCCAUGCUGUUCCUCGAUCAUAAAACGCUUUACUACGAUGUUGAGCCAUUUCUGUUUUACAUUAUGACUCAAGCUGAUGGGGAAGGCUGCCAUAUCAUAGGUUACUUCAGUAAGGAGAAAAACAGCUUGGCUUAACGUACAAUGUGUCCAUGUAUCAUGACACUUAGCCUCCGUAUAACAAGACAAGGCUAUGCUCGAUUGCUUAUUGAUUUUAGUUACUUGUUGACAAAGACUGAGGGGAAAAUAGGAUCACCGGAAAAGCCUCUCAGUGACUUGGGAUUAAUAUCUUAUAGAUCAUAUUGGAAGGACCUACUUUUGAACUACUUGGCAAGUUAUACCGAGAAGAAUGUGUACAUAAAAGAUAUGAGUGCUGAGAUGGCUGUGAAUUCGUACGACAUUGUCAGUACUUUCCAAGCAAUGGGGAUGAUGAAGUACUGGAAAGGCAAGCACAUACUACUAAAGAGACAGGACUUACUGGAAGAAUUCCUUGAACGUCAAAAACGCCGCCGAGCCGACUACAAGGAGAUCGAUCCGAAGUGUCUGAAUUGGCGUCCUUAUGUCCCGCCGCCUCCGUCGGAAGAACCACAAACCAAUGCAAAUAAAAACAAAGCGAACAAAGCUGCUGCUGACAGGAAGAAGGCUCAGGCAGCAGCAGCAUCACAAUAGCACUGGGACUGGAGAAUUUAUUUGUGCCAUGUACACACAGUUCUCUUUCUUUAUUUCAUUCUCACAACGGGGGAGAUAGAAUUGAUCGAGUGUGCCCUACAAUAUUUGUAGAAUUGCCCUUCAUUUUAGCGGCCCAGCGAUCCCGUCCGUUCCCCUGUACACUGCCCUGCCGUGCUCAAAAACUUUUCUUCUCUUUAUAUUUGGUGUGCAGAAUCUACUGUCGUUGUUUUAUUGCUGGGCUACCAAUUGAGAGACGUACCUAGAUUUGAUACUCAUACUUUUAUUGUUGUUGAAAAUCUGCAAAGAAAAAAUGUAUGACUUUCAGGAAAAAAAUGUUUAAGUUAAAUAUAUGCCUGAAAGGAAAGGCUAGUGUGUGAAAGAGUUUUAUUUUCUGGAUGCAGUGAGUCCGUUGUGUAUCAAACACUUUCGAGUACCUGAAAUGUUGACUUGCAGUUGUCCCUGUGCUGUGUUGUAUACUUGUUAAUGUAGUAUUUACUGUGUGUCACAUACAUUGUCAGUGAUCUAAGGAAUAAGAAUCAGGGAUGCAGUGUCAGGUUUAAGGGGUCAAUAAUGAAAAUCCAAAGCCUCUUGCCUGCAUCGUCCGUUAAACCCCUCCUUAAGAAAAGUUCAGUUUGAGUACUAAUGUGAAAUGUCUUGUUUUAGUCAAGGAAGUAGAAUAUUUUUUACAAGAAAUCAUAUUAUUUUACAAAGAAAUAAAGUUUUGGUUUUUAUUUCCCCGUGAAUACCAUAACUUGUUACUUUUUAUCAGGUUGUCAUUAAAAUUUUUAUUGUUUUUCUUUUGUUUUAUUUACUUUUUAAAGGAAACAGUGACAAAACUUGUCUUAAGACUUUAGUUACCAUCAAGAUUCAAAAGUCUCUGAAAUUUAAUGUGGAGGAAGAUGUUUUGAAAAUAAUUCUCAUACUUAUGCAUUAGUAACUGUAUAUAACGAAAUUGAUCGGUAUUUACGUGAAAUAGUGAGACAUGGAAUUUUUUAAUUCAAGUAAAAUAUAUUUCUCGAGUUUUGUAAUGUUAGGCAUAUUACAAUGAUUUAUAUUAAUGUACUGUACAGAUCUGUAAAUGUGUUGAAAUUUAUGCUAAUUUUUUUCCAGAUUUUAUGAUACAUUGUACAAACGUAUUGAAGCCAAUGUUUUGCUUUUUCUCAAUAAAGACAUAUUUUUAGAAUAAA